AUGCUAAAGGGUUCUUCCUUCCAGAGAAAAGCUAGAGUAGAAAAUACGCUUUCUUUGGAAGGGGUGAUGAUGACUCGUUUUGACAAACCGAUCGACCUUUCUUCUCCUAAUCGUCGAAGGAUUACUCAAAGUGGUGUAGCAAGAGGUCAUAGUAUGUUGUCUUCUGUUAGUCAAGCCUUGUCUGAAUCUAUGAACCCAAAGCCUUCCUUAGAAUCACCUCCAACAACAGAUCUUCAUGAGUGUCCGGUUGUUAUUGAUCCUGAAUUCAAGAAUGCCGAAGAAAAGCUAGCUUUUUCUGAUGUUGAAACUCCAGAUCCUAAUAUUUCCCUUUCCUCUACCUUGGGAGAAACUCCUAUCAUUGAAUGA